UUGUCACAAAACCUGAAGUGAAAUUAUUACAUACACACACACACACACACACACACACAACUUGAGGUGUGUAUUUAUUGUAUAAAAAACGCUUGCGACGUUUAAACAAGCGCACAGUGCCGAAGUGUAUCGUCUUAGUGUUUCGCCCGGGACCCGCAAGUCAGUGGGUCGUCUCAAUAGAGUAUUAUUGAAAUAAAUAUAGAAUAAAAAAGUUUCUUUAGUUUGGUUUUUUUUGUAAAACGGGUUUUUUUUUAUCGCUCAAUUAUUCUCCUGCAAGUCUUCCGCCAGUGGCAGUCCCGCAAUACGCGCACCCAAAGUAAGUACGAUAAAAACAUGAACGGAUUCACUUCGUUGGUAUGUAUGGUGGCGCUGGGCUGCGCGUGCGUCAACGGCCAAGUGCCUUCCAGCACGCCGUGCUCGCUGUCGUUCUACCGGUACCUGUACAACUUGCCCGGCGAAAAGAUCCGACCCAACGUGCCGGCAGGCACCUAUGUGUUCGGCAAGAGAGUCGGACCACCUCAAGAAGACGCCGAAGCCAGCGACAACCGGCCUUCGUUUCUGAAACCCGACUCUCGGGAGUACUUGCCCCCGUCGGUGCCGUCGACCACCUUUUUGCCUCCCCAACCGGUUUCCACCACGACCUACCGACCGCCGCCGCCGCCGCCGCCACCGGUGUACUCCACCCAAGCACCGUCCACGUCGGCUCCGGUGUACAUCCCGCCGCCGCCUAGCCCUUACUUCCCCGAAGCUUCAAACACCGUGGCCGUCAAGUCGGUGAAACCCGCUGACUGCGACAGCCCGUCUCACAGAGCGGCGGCGCCGCCACAACUGCCCGCGGCUCUACCGCGGUUCGACCUGCCGAAAUUGCCGCAGCCCACGUUCUUCGCGCCGCAGUUCGCUUUCCCGCAGCAACCGCCAAGGCCGGUCGUGAUUGCCGCCAACGAGAUCCGGCCGCCUCAGUUCAAGUACCCCGUGCCCACGCCGCCGAGCCGGUCGUUGGCCAGCAAACCCGCCGAGGAAUGCGACAAGCCACACCAUCCGAUCACCCCGUUCCCCUUGGUUCCUUCCACCACGAUCACCCCCAGCACCACCGCCGCCGCCGCCGAGCCGUUGGAAACCAGACAGGACGACGUGGUCAUCAUCCCGAGCUCCCUGCAAACCCUGGACCAGCCCAAGCCCGACUGCGGUCACCCGGAACACCAGCCGGCCGAGUCCCAGGGAUACGGCCAGCAGAGCAUCGGCGUGCCGUCCGAAGACUACGGCGUGUCCGCGGCCCCGUCGGUCCUGCAACCGGCCGCGCCGUCUGCCGGGUACUCGUACGACAAGCCCAGCCCUUCGUUCGGUUACCCCCAGCUCGACUCGGGAUACAACUACCCCAAGCCCAGUCCGUCUUUCGAUUUCCCCGGGUUUUCGGGGCAGGCCACGUCGUUGUUCGAGUCGCCGGCCGCCCAGUCGUCGAUAGCCAAAGAAGACGGCGAUCUGGUCAUACUCAAAGUCUAAAAUCCUAAGCGCCAGCCGUCCGAAACACAUCCACUUAAUGUAAUUAUUUUAGAUUCGUGUAUUAUUAUUAUAAACAUAACACCGUAGAAGUUUAGUUUUAGUCGUUAUAUAUUAUGAAAAUCAUGUUACCAAUUCAAAAAAAAAAACAUUUGUUACCAUUUCAUUUUAAUUCUUCUACAUUUGUUUAACGCUUGUUUAUUCUUUUUUUUUUUUUUACAAUAAUUCAUUAUUAGAAUUUUAUCGCUUACGAAUAAGAUCCAUCAUUGUACAUUAGCUAUUUAAUAUUUU